GCUAAAUGACGUACGAAAUUAGUAUUUCAAGUAUAGUUGUGGAGUGUCCGAAGUCCGAACCGGUGUCAACUACCAUUCUUCCCUCCAAAUUCACCCACAAAAAUCUUGAAAAUGAAAUUUUCAAUCUUCAAACUAACUCAUCAGAAAUUCCAUUCAUGAAUUCAUUUAUAUCUUCAUUACAGCCUAUUACUGAGAAUUCCAGUAAACAGCAGCAAUGACGUUACUCGGAGCCAUACCCAUACCGCCACUUCAUCAGUUGUCUUCAUCCUCUUAUUUGAGCAGCAGCACCAUUAUUGCACUCACCAUCUUCUUCGCCCUUCUUUGUGUCUGUAUCAUCAUUGGCCAUCUUCUCGAGCAGAAUCGCUGGCUUAACGAAUCCAUUACUGCUCUUCUUUUGGGUUUGUGCACUGGAGGAGUGGUGCUGUUGGUGAGGAAGUCAGAGAGUUCACGUUUGUUAGUAUUCAGCGAGGACUUGUUCUUUCUCUAUUUGCUUCCUCCAAUCAUUUUCAAUGCUGGUUUCCAGGUCAAGAAGAAGCAAUUCUUUAGGAAUUUCUCAACGAUAUUGUUGUUUGGUGUGUUCGGUACCAUAAUAUCCUUCUGCAUAAUAUCAUUUGGUGCUUUUCUGCUGUUUAAAACAAUUGGUAUCACAAGCUUGAGUGUUGAAGAUUACUUAGCUAUUGGUGCCAUACUGUCUGCAACAGAUUCAGUCUGCACACUUCAGGUUCUAAGUCAAGACCAGACACCCUUUCUUUACAGCACGGUAUUUGGUGAAGGAGUGGUGAAUGAUGCUACCUCUAUUGUGCUUUUCUACUCUGUGCAAGAUCUAGACUUCAGUAACAUUGACGCCGGUACAGUGUUGAAGUUGUUGGGGACUUUCCUUUACCUCUUUUUCACUAGCACUGCUCUUGGUGUGUCUGCAGGUCUCGUGAGUGCAUACAUUAUAAAAACCCUCUACUUUGGCAGACAUUCUACUAAUCGUGAAGUUGCACUCAUGAUGCUCAUGGCGUAUUUGUCAUACAUGGUGGCAGAGUUUUUAAGUCUCAGUGGGAUUUUGGCAGUCUUUUUCUGCGGCAUAGUCAUGUCACAUUAUACAUGGCACAAUGUUACUGAAAGCUCAAGAAUAACUACUAUGCAUGCGUUUGCAACAAUUUCUUUCAUUUCAGAAACCUUCAUAUUCCUUUAUGUUGGUAUGGAUGCUUUGGACAUUAACAAAUGGAAAAGCAGCAGUGCAAGUGCAGGAACUUCAAUUGCUGUUAGUGCAAUAUUGUUCACACUGGUUUUGAUAGGAAGGGCAGCAUUUGUGUUUCCAAUUGCAAAUAUUGAAAACUGUGUGGGAAGAAGAAAUGGUUCAAAAAUUGAAUUCAAAGAGCAGUUCAUUAUAUGGUGGGCAGGCCUAAUCAGAGGUGCAGUAACCAUUGCUUUGUCUUACAACCAAUUUGCAGAGUCUAAGGAAAAAUCAACUGGUGAUAGUGCAUUAAUGAUCACCAGCACAAUAAUCGUCGUUUUGUUUAGCACUGUGGUCUUUGGCUCUAUAACAAAGCCUCUAAUUGAGGCAGUAAUGUUGCAGCAUUCAAAACCAUCUACUUCAGAUGCAGCUGAAAUUCCAAGCCUGGAAGAUUUACAUCAGCUUCUGUUUAUCGAAAAUGACAACUCAGCUGAGCAGGGAAACAAUCAAUCAGAACUCCCUAAAAGAAGUAGCUUAAGCCUUCUGAUCAGACAUCCAACUACAACAGUUCACUACUUUUGGAGAAAAUUUGAUGACAGAUUCAUGAGGCCGGUUUUCGGUGGACGGGGCUUUGUUCCAUUUGUUCCUGGUUCUCCAACUGAUGCUGCAGAUCAGAAUUCUUGAAACCGAAAGUAACCAUAUAUGUUUCUAAAUUCGUGCCUUUCUUUUCAUGUACAAAAAGGAGCAGGGGUGGUCACUACACAAAAGCUAUGUACUAAACUAAAAGUAAAGCAUGGUAGCAUGUAAACUGUGCACAAUGAGUAGAACUUCAUCAAAGAUAGUCUUGCAUUUAGAAGUUUCUAAAAAGCCUUAAUCAGAGGUUAAAAUACCAUCUGGUUUAUCUGCCUAUAAAGAUUGACUGCAAGUAACUUUGGAUACUGCUACACAUUUAUUUUCAAACUUGAAAUUCGUCACAAACAAGAACUAACAAGAAAACUUUACUGCAGAAUUCUAGAGUUCUGACAUGAAAAAUAAGGAAAAGUCAACUUAACUGCAAGACAUCAACAAAUAAAGGAAAAAAAAAACAUCUCACAUUAAUCCUAAGUACAUAUUCAUCAAUAAACAUAGAGGUCUGAUCGGUCUUUCUUCACCUAAUGAUCCGCUGGUUUCAACGCCUCCAGAAUUAGAGUAGUUUGAUCUGCAAGCAACUGACUCCUCUUAGCAAAAAGCUCCAUCUCAGCCAUAUGUAUUUUCUUCCACUUGGCAUCCAACUCUGCUCUUUUCGACUCCGGGACCAACUCAAGCCCCUUGCUCAAAAUAUGCUCCGAUAAGCCAAAAUUGCCCAGGCUCGGAGAGGAAAGCAGCUCCUCCAUUACACCCAAUUUAGGAGAGGAAAGCAAAUCCUCCGCCGGCCCCAAACUCGGCGAGGAAAGAUUCUGCGGUGAAGCUAAUGCCUUGCUACUCCUCGCAGUGCCAGUGCCAUUAGCCUUGGGCUGUUCAGCUUUCACAACGAGCUUUUCACCACCACCCCAAAUUUUCUUCGACAAUUCAAACACUUCCUUCUCGUGAAGCUUCGUCGGGUUGUACUUCUUCCUACUAGCAUUGUUCUCGUAUUUUUUCUUCAACCUACGGAGCUUAUCUGACAACUGGGCCUUCGUGAAAUCAAUCUGCAGUGACUUCUUGAUGAAAUCUUGAAAGGCAUGCAUGUCAGCCGCAGAUGGGAUCGAUCCUUUCUUAGCAGCGUAGUCACUAAUACCCUUCAAAAUCACUAUCUCAUCAUCCUCACUCCACAACCUCUGAAACAGCUUCUUCGACUCGUCACCAGUCUUCUUCGAUUCAUCCUCCGCAAUCGCGGAACCUCCAUCUGGUUCCGAACCUUUCUUCUUCGCUCGCUUCGAGUCCUUAACCUCGCUAUUGCUCGGUCUCUUCACCGACGACCUGACGGUAGAAAUCGGAACAGCCUUCGUUAAAGGCGUGGUUUUCGAUUUCUGUGAUUCCUGCUCUUCGUCUUCUUCGGAAGCCCCUUCCUCUUCCUCUUCUUCUUCUUCUUCUUCGGACGAAGAAUCUUCCUCGGCUUCUGAUGAAGAAGCAACGGGUGGGUCGUCCAGAUGGGAAGGACGCUUCGGUGCCAUGGAUGAAAAGGAGGGUUUCGAGAUUUCAAAUUCGGGGUUAGGGUUUCAGAUUCGAAAUUUAGGGUUAGGGUCUCAAAACGCGGGACUGUUGACUAUGACUCUGAGAUGAAU